UAAAUAAAAAAUUAGGCGUAAUGUUUAGUUAACUUGUUUUUUUUUUAUUACUCCUAAUCUUAAACCCACUACAUUAGGGUUUUCUAAACUCCUCUCUCUCUCUAAGGUUCUUCGAUCGGUGCUACGAUUCACACUCAUUCCCUCUCUUCCUUUCUGCUCCCACUCUCUCGGCCUCUGAUUGUGAUUUUCGUUCUAUUGUAGCUGCCUAUGGUUUCGCUCGGUGACGCGAAAGAAAUUGAGUCUCAAAUAAUAGCUGAUAAUAUGGCUGACGAUGGUAAUACCAAAAGCAGUUUGGUUGAAAAUUCUAGAGUGACAUGGGAAGGUUGCAGCGUCUUGCUCGACAUCAAUGAUGGUGAUCGCUUGGUUUUCGCUCGUCUAUCUGCUGGUGCGACUUUGAAAAUUGGGAAUAAGAAUUAUUCUCUGAAACACUUGAUCAAUUGCCCAUUUGGUUCAGUUUUCAGCGUCGAAACUGGAAGUGAAGGCUCUUAUUUGACUCGCUCCAGUCCCUCUUCCUUAGAAGGUAAGAACAAUGCUCAAGAAAAUAAUGGAUGUGAAUCGAAGAAAGACGAGUCUUUGUCCAAGGACAAUCGAGCACUGGUUGAUGACAAUAAAGCUCAGACCCUAACUGGGGAAGAUAUAGAUGCAAUGCGAAGAGAGGGUGUAACAGGGGAUGAUAUAGUGGAAGCUCUUAUUGCAAAUAGUUCUACAUUUGAGAAUAAAACAUUGUUUUCCCAGGAGAAAUAUAGGAUUAAAAAGCAAAAGAAAUAUGCACCCAAAGUGAUUUUAAGGCGCCCAGUUGCUCGUAGUAUUUGCGAGGCUUAUUUCAAGAAAUAUCCUUCCAGAAUUGGGUUCUUGAGAGUUGAUACUUUAUCUCUUUUACUGUCAUUUGCUAAUAUCUCUGCAAAUUCUGAAGCCCUUGUGGUUGAUAUGGUUGGAGGUCUGCUUACUGGUGCUGUGGCUGAAAGGAUGGGAGGUACCGGCACAGGUCAGGUUUGUAGUACCUACCUUGGUAAAACCCCUUAUUCUAUAGAGAUAGUUAGAAUAUUCAACUUUGGCAAUGAUAUUUGCAAGAGUAUUCUAAAGGCUUCUCUUCAAGACCUGAUGACUAGUUCCAGUUCGACCGAGAAUGGGAGCUUAGAUCAAAAUGAUAAUGGUACUGGUGGUGACGAUUCUUCUAACAUGAAAGGUGUUCAAGGUGGCUUAUUACAUCAAAAUGACCAAACCCCAGAUGGGACUUCUCAAGUAAUGAGAAGUUGCAACAAAUCUGUAAAUAAAGCUGGGCAGAAAGCACCUAAAGAAGCGAUUAAAUUGUGGAAAGAAAAUGGGUUUUCCAGUCUAAUAGUUGCUGCACCAGAUUUGGAUACCUGGAGUUUAGUUAAAGAUCUCUUGCCCCUUUUGUCAAAUUCAGCUCCUUUCGCAAUUUAUCAUCAGUUCUUGCAGCCACUUGCAACUUGUAUGCAUAAUCUACAGCUUGAGAAAAUGGCAAUUGGGUUGCAAAUCUCAGAGCCUUGGUUACGAGAAUAUCAGGUACUUCCUUCGAGAACACAUCCUUUCAUGCAGAUGUGUGCAUUUGGUGGUUAUAUUCUUAGUGGCACUAAGAUAUGCAGCAGCAGCAGCAUAUAGUAAUAGCUUCAUCGAAUCGAAGCAAGCAAUAAUGUUAAAUUCUAAGUGCCAUGUAUCACAAGGUAUGAGGUUCGAGUACCCUUCUGGGUAUACCUGGUCCCCAAAUAUUGUAGGGUUAGGUUGAAGAUGUUAGUUUCAAAUAUUUUUUAGAAAAUAAUGUAUCAUCAUUUUUGUUAGUCUUAUCUUAGUUACCUUGUUUUUGACCAAAAUUGAACGAAUAAUAAUGUUAUUUUACUGGUUUAACUGAUGUUAUUGUUAUGUUCUGUGUACCAUAUGCUAUUUCUAAUGGCAAAUAAUUUAUAUAGUUUAGUGUAAUAUGAUUAUAAAA